CUAUGCUCCUUAGAGAAGGGAAGAUGAGCGAGUCGAGCUCGAAGUCCAGCCAGCCCUUGGCCUCCAAGCAGGAAAAGGACGGCACUGAGAAGCGGGGCCAGGGCAGGCCGCGCAAGCAGCCUCCGGUGAGUCCCGGGACAGCGCUGGUAGGGAGUCAGAAGGAGCCCAGCGAAGUGCCAACACCUAAGAGACCUUGGGGCCGACCAAAGGGAAGCAAAAACAAGGGUGCUGCCAAGACCCGGAAAACCACCACAACUCCAGGAAGGAAACCAAGGGGCAGACCCAAAAAACUGGAGAAGGAGGAAGAGGAGGGCAUCUCGCAGGAAUCCUCGGAGGAGGAGCAGUGACCCAUGCGUGCCGCCUGCCCCUCACUGGAGGAGCAGCUUCCUUCUGGGACUGGACAGCUUUGCUCCGCUCCCACCGCCCCCGCCCCUUCCCCAGACCCACCAUCACCACCGACUCUGGCCGCCACCCCCAUCUUCCACCUGUGCCCUCACCACCACACUACACAGCACACCAGCCGCUGCAGGGCUCCCAUGGGCUGAGUGGGGAGCAGUUUUCCCCUGGCCUCAGUUCCCAGCUCCCCCCGCCCACCCACGCAUACACACAUGCCCUCCUGGACAAGGCUAACAUCCCACUUAGCCGCACCCUGCACCUGCUGCGUCCCCACUCCCUUGGUGGUGGGGACAUUGCUCUCUGGGCUUUUGGUUUGGGGGCGCUCUCUCUGCUCCUUCACUGUUCCCUCUGGCUUCCUGUAGUGGGACCUGGGAGGGUUCCCCUGGCCUUAAAAGGGGCCCAAGCCCCAUCUCAUCCUGGCCCGCCCUACUCCACUGCCCUGGCAGCAGCAGGUGUGGCCAGUGGAGGGGGUGCUGGCCCCAGGAUUCCCCCAGCCAAACUGUCUUUGUCAUCACAUGGGGCUCACACUUUUCAUCCUUCCCCACCUUCCCUAGUCCCUGCACUAGGUUGGGCAGCCCCCUUUGGCUCCAGGAAGGCAGGAGGGGUGUGUCCUUACUCCCGCUUCACUGUGGCCACAGCCCCCUCGCCCUCCGCCUGGGAUCUGAGUACAUGUGGUAGUGAUGGAGAUGCAGUCGCUUAUUGUCUGGGUGAGGCCCACGAGCCCUGUGGCCGUCACCUGAGGUGGGCUGGGGCUGCUCCCCUCACCCUACUUUGCUUCCGCCACUCAGCCAUUUCCCCCUCCUCAGAUGGGGCACCAAUAACAAGGAGCUCACC